CCCAAACCCCAAAUUUCUUAGCUAUUCAUAAUGUUUUGGACUCUGUAAGCUUCCUUGUUGGGUAGGCUACACUCUGUGUUGGCGUCACUGCCGAUUGUGCUUUUCAGCACAGUUUGGGUGUUAGCCCAACACCCAAAGUGAUUCAGUGCAUAUAUAUUCUUCUAUUGGAUUUUACUGAGUGAUUCGAAAGGAUUAUUUGUUCAGUUUUUUUUUCUUGUUUCUUACACACGGCCAUCGUUGUUGCUAAGGUUACAGUAUGCCUGUUUUUAAACUCUUCAGUUGUGGGGAUAGGCCUAGAGUCUUGAACACCGAGCCACCAGACACAGAACAUCUGGAGGAAAACAGGGACCCCGAACAACAGGAUUUGAACACAGACCAGUCUGCGUCCUCAGCAUCGUCCAAUGAACAAGGAGCAUGUGGACCUCCCAUCCAAGAACAUGAGCCCGUGGAGCAACCAAGCCUAGAAAGAGCAUAUGAGAAACCCAGUCAAGAUGAAAAUGCAAAUGAGCAAGCCAGUUCUAAAGAAGCACAUGAGCAAGCUAGUUCUAAAGAAGCACACGAGCAAGCCAGUUCUAAAGAAGCACAAGAGCAAGCUAGUUCUAAAGAAGCACAAGAGCAAGCUAGUUCUAAAGAAGCACAAGAGCAAGCUAGUUCUAAAGAAGCACAAGAGCAAGCUAGUUCUAAAGAAGCACAAGAACAAGCUAGUUCUAAAGAAGCACAAGAACAAGCUAGUUCUAAAGAAGCACAAGAGCAAGCUAGUUCUAAAGAACAAAAGGAGAAAGCCAGUGCCAAACAAAGAGAAGAAAAAAAUAUUGCCAGCUUUGGUGUUAGCGUGUACCAGCAAGACAAUGUUGAUUAUAGGCCAAAUCGUCAACAAACAAGAUUAUUAGCUCAGGCAUUAGAGCAAUACGAAUUACAAGCUCCAGCACGUGAGCAAGCCAGAUUAUUAGCUGAAGCUCGCCAGAGAGCCGAAAUGGAAGCUCGGGAACGUGAGCACGCCAGAUUUUUAGAUGAGGCUUACAAGAGAGCCGAAUUACAAGCUCGGGCACGUAGGGAGGCCAGAUUAUCAGCCCAGGCUCUCCAGAGAGCCGAUUUAGAAGCUGAGGCACACGAGCAAGCUGGAUUAGAAGCUGAUGAUGAGUCAGUUGGAUCAGAAGCUGAGGAGAAUGAGUCAGUUGGAUCAGAAGCUGAGGAGAAUGAGUCAGUUGGAUCAGAAGCUGAGGAGAAUGAGUCAGUUGGAUCAGAAGCUGAGGAAAAUGAGUCAGUUGGAUCAGAAGCUGAGGAGAAUGAGUCAGUUGGAUCAGAAGCUGAGGAGAAUGAGUCAGUUGGAUCAGAAGCUGAGGAGAAUGAGUCAGUUGGAUCAGAAGCUGAGGAGAAUGAGUCAGUUGGAUCAGAAGCUGAGGAGAAUGAGUCAGUUGGAUCAGAAGCUGAGGAGAAUGAGUCAGUUGGAUCAGAAAAUGAGUCAAUUGGAUCAGAAAAUGAGUCAAUUGGAUCAGAAAAUGAGUCAAUUGGAUCAGAAAAUGAGUCAAUUGGAUCAGAAAAUGACUCAGUUGGAUCAGAAAAUGACUCAGUUGGAUCAGAAAAUGAGUCAGGCGAUUCAGAAAAUGAGUUACCUGAGCAAGCAAGAUUAGUUGAGCAAGCCAGAGAGCAGGUCAGAUUAUUAGCCGAGCAUUUCCAGAGAGCCGAAUUAGAAGCUCGGGCACACGAGCAAGCUAGAUUAGAAGCUGAGGAGAAUGAGUCAGCCGAAUCAGAAAAUGAGUCAGUCGAAUUAGAAAAUUUGUCACCUGAGCAAGCAAGAUUAGCUGAAGUAGAUAGGCAAGCCAGAUUAGAAUUUGAGGCGUAUGGGCGCGCCGCUAACGUAGUCAUGGCACCUCCCGAAUUCGGUUUUGAAGAAGAAGAAGAAGAAGAAGAAGAGGCAAACGAAUUUCCCAAUCUUGAUGAUGACUCUAUCAACGAACUCUCCAACUUUGAGAUGUCAAGUUUCGAAGAAUCACUUGAGGAGGCCAAUGUUGACAUCCAGUCAGACUCUUUAUACGAGUCCUCUACGGAUAUCAGCAGCUCACACUCCAUCCAAGACGAUUUCGUGUUCGAGGCUCCAGACGCUAGGCCGCAUGCGCAAGCUGUAAGAAGGGUCCGUCUUUAUUAUCGGUUAACUUUACAUAGUGGUAGAAGGGUGUACAUACGCCGGAGGGUGUGGGAGAAUGAUAACCCUGGGCCAGUAUUUAUAAUGCGAGAGAGGAUUAGAGAUCGAGCUGCCUUGAUCAGAAACUCAACACCACGACAGAGUCCAGUUGACGAUCUCUUUUAUUUAGAUGAAAGCGAGGCUAGUAAUGGAUCCUCCGAUGACGAGGACACCAGAUCAGUGGUGUUAGAUGAAGAGUUCAAUGUUUCGGAUAUCUCUAGUAUUGAAGAUAUGGGAGACAUCAGACAGGUCGAAGAAGCUGAUCAAAAUGAAAUGAAUGCUCAAGCGACUGGAUAUGCCUAUAAGAAUUCUCAAGAACUGCCAGAAAUGCCAGAAUCCAUGUCACUGAAUGCUAGCCAAGGGGCUAUCAGCAAAGUCAUUCGAAAGCCGGUAAGGCGUUCAUUGUUCGGACAUGAGAAUGAUGAAGCUGUCAACACUAUAGGCCAUACGGAACACCAAGCAUCCAGUUCAUUUCUUCAAGACCCGGUACACAGAAACACCUAUUUCAACUCGGCUUCAGAAAUAAGACCCCCGGUACACAGAAACACCUAUUUCAACUCGGCUUCAGAAAUAAGAUCCCCGGUACACAGAAACACCUAUUUCAACUCGGCUUCAGAAAUAAGACCUCCUGUACACAGAAACACCUAUUUCAACUCGGCUUCAGAAAUAAGACCCCCGGUACACAGAAACACCUAUUUCAACUCGGCUUCAGAAAUAAGACCCCCAAUACCAGAACAGAGCCAAAUGUUAGAUGAAGUUUUGUCUGACAGCUUUAAUAUACACGAGUUCAUGUCAUCCAGGGAGUCCACUCGAAAUUCACGCGUCUUGACACGUCUUCAACCAGACUAUCCACCCCAAGAGAUAGAUCCGUUCGACAGACCCAUCUUAUCUGUCAGAGGCCCAUGGAAGAUGGCACCAAUUCUCCCUUACGUGAGCUCUCCUCUAGUGGAAAGGUCAAAUCUAGUGGAUCACCAAUCAGUUCAAAUGGGCACGAUGAUUGGUGGAGUUACAAUAGGCAUGCGCUCAAACAGGUUGACUGCAAACCUCGAAGUUCCACAACCCGUCUCUCCUGAAAACUCGAUUGGUCUUUCCCUGAUACGAAGCUUUUCGCGGAGUCCUGGCGGUAGAAGAAAUCCAUUUUUAGCAGCAAGUCAAGGGCAGGCAAUAACCGAGGACGAGGAAGAAGAUUUCUUUCCCAUUUCCUACAUGGACAGAAUCCAACCUGUAGAGAGUAGGAAUCAGAUGUCAACACAGAACGACGUACCACCACCUGCAACAAGUCAUCCACAAAACCCAGUCGAAAUGCCUUCUUACUUUGGAGCAGAAUGCAGCGUGUUUCAGAGCUUGGAAUUUGAGCUAGCCCAAGAAAGAAAUUUGCGUCAAGCAGCUGAGAGAAGAAGUGUGGAGCUGCUAAAAAGGGAAAGAAGUGUGUGGUUGAAACAAUUGAAAGAAAAAGUGGAAAAGGCUUUGCAAAGUUCAAUGAGAGACAUGGACAGAUCUAAAUGGAAUAAAUACAAGAGUCUUGUGGAGGCCUGCAUCCAAUGCAACGAGUCACAGUCUCAUUCUGAGGAUGAGUGGCUGCAGCAUUGGCAGGCCCUAACUGAGUUUGAGAGGGACCAACUAUAUGAGGUCUCCGGACAAACCACACCCACCGUGGAAGCCAGCGCUGUUCCAAGACUUCAAGACUUGGCCGAAAACCAGAUUCAAAGCUUUAAAGACGAAAAAGAGUAG